ACCGCUUAAAGUCGCCCCCCACGCUGUUGUGUAAAUUCUGACUUUGGGUCCAACGAAUCAGCCUCACAACGAACGAAGUUAUAUUUUUAUCUUAACUUUCGUGCGUCUCCAAAAGAGUAACAGCAUGCUGUCAUCUGGCGCUGCAAACCGAUUGGUGACAGGGUUGUGUGGCAAGGCAUGGAGACCAGCCCUCUCAGGACUGGUAUCAGUUCGUGGUUAUCGAGGAGAUACACCAGAUGACACCAGAGGAGACCUGAUUGAGAUCCCUUUACCACCUUGGGAGGCAAAGCCUGACGAGCCCAUUGAUAUUAAGAGACGUAGACUUCUUUAUGAGAGUCGCAAGAGGGGCAUGCUGGAGAACUGCAUAUUGCUCAGCCUUUUUGCAAAGCGUUACCUGAACACAAUGACGGAGAACCAGCUGCAGCAGUAUGACCAGAUAAUAAAUGAACCAAGCAAUGACUGGGACAUCUACUACUGGGCCACAGAAGCUCAACCUACUCCUGAUGUUUACCAAGGAGAAGUCAUGGAUAUGCUGAAAGAGUUCACAAAGAACCGCAACCAGGAACAGAGGUUGGAUGCUCCAAGCUUGGAGUACUUGGAAAAUGCGAGUCAUUAAGGUCCAAAAGUCCGUGGAUAUCCUCAGAGAUGAAUAUGUUUUGUGAUGUUUGAAACAGUAUAAAUAAUAGUGCCAUUUCUCCAGAAACUUCCACCAGCUAAGCUUUCAGUGAUAAGAGUCAAGACGAGGUUGUGUGGAGAAUUUAUGUAAUAUAUCAUGCAUAGUUGAAAUGACUUUACUAUAAAUACUAUAAAAUUAUUUUAAAGCAAUGCCUAAGAAAUCCUCAAUAUGUAGACAUGUGUGCUGUAAGUAAUGAAUAUCUGUUUAUUUCCUACAUGCAUAUAAAUUAUUCCCAUGUUGUGUAAUACAAA